UGCAGUGAACACCGCUCGCUAAUUUGCUCCCGAAAAAAAUCAACGCGUGUGCCUCGAAAUAUUUUGAAUCGCGGACGUGCGUGUGGGUUUUGUGUGAACAAUAAUAACAAUAUAAAAAAAAGUAGGAAAAGCCACAUUUUCCAAAAGCAAUUUACAGUGGCGCGGCUAUAAAUAGCCAACGAACAAGGAACGCACGCGUUUUCCGCUUAUCACAUACCAAAAGACGAUAAUGCCGGUGAAAGAGAUUCUCCAGCGGUGCAGGCCCAUCCCCCUGUACACCGUGCUGGUGCUAUCCAUCUGCUACUUCGUGCUCCAGCUGAUCCUCAGCCACUUGACUCAUGGACUCACAUUGCUGAUGGCCAGUCAUCACAUGUUGUGCAACAUUUUCGCACUCGGCGGCUGCAUUAUUACAAUUAAGCAUAGUAAACAAAAACCGGAGGCCAUAGAUCCUCCCCCUAUCCAAACGAAGGUAAAUGGCAAUGGUUCUGGGCUUAUUGUCAACGUGGCCGAAACGGAGGCCCAAACUCGGGCCAAAAGGGAGUGUCGGGAGCAGAAGCUGCGCAACACUUUUGGCUGGGCCAGGAUCGAUAUAUUGACCAUGCUGAUUGUCUUCAUCAUCCUGGCCUCCUUAUCCUUUUCGCUGGUGGUGGAGGCCCUCCAAACUCUGGUGCACAUCGAUCAUCAGGACACGAUGCAUCUACCGAUUCCCGUGAUGAUGCUGGGUUUCGUGGGCCUAAUCCUGAAUGGACUGACUUAUCUGCUGAUUGGAGGAUAUACCCUGCAUCAGGGAAGCUUUCUGCACUUGACACCCGGCGGAAAUGUGGUGCUCGAUCGUCCCGCAAUGUCCAGUAAUUUGGAUCUAUCGCUCGAACCGAUGCAAAGGCAACUCAGUAAAUCCCGGAAUGAUCGUCAGUUACGCGAGGAACUCGAAGCGGAAGUGGGCAGUGUUUACUUUGCCACCAAACGCCAGGGAGCCGUCGAAAUGCUAAGGGAUGUGUCCAGUACCAUUUUCGUGAUCGUUUGUGCCGCAAUCGUCUAUGUGGCCGAGGAUGAGCAGCAUACGGCGAAGUUCAUUGAUCCUGUGCUUUCCAUUUUCUCCUGUGUCCUGCUGGUCACGCUCAGUUAUCCCUACAUGAAAGAAUCCUGCCUGAUCCUAUUGCAAACCAUUCCGGGUUCCAUCGAUUUGGAGAUCUUUGAGCGGACACUGGUCACCAAAUUCCCAGAGAUUAUCAGCUAUCACGACCUGCACAUUUGGCAGUUGGCCGCCCACCGAUACGUGGCCACCAUACACAUCCAGUUCCAGAAUCCCAAACUUUACCUCAAGAUCAUCGAACAGGUGCGAGCCUAUUUCCACGAUCAGGGAAUCGGAGCGGUCACCAUCCAACCGGAGUUCUAUCCGUCCACCAAUAAGAAUGCCUCUGCCUCGCUGGAAUGCCUGAUGCAAUGCCAGGCGGCGGAAUGCAUCGAGAAAGUUUGCUGCCGAGAUUCUCGCACCGAUCUUCGCGAGGUUUGUGAUGCUCCCGGUGGCAGGAAGUCGUCUUCUCCAACGAAAUGUCAGGGCGAUGGACACGAUCAUAGCAGAAUCAAGUCCAAAUCCUGUGCCGAACUGAGUGCAGUGGUUGUGGAGAAGCCCAAGGAACUGAAUGCAGCGCAGUUGCUUAAGGGGCAAGGUCAGUCCAUGCCCAAACUGGAGCAAACGCCAAACGAGGAUACUCCCUCAAUGAAAGCUGAUACAUCCAAAUCGAAUGACUGUCUACCUCCUCCGACGAGUGGCGAUUGAUUCACCUUUUAAUAACUAUAGUAUUGAAUCAAGGCUUAACGAUUUUAGUUAGUUCUUAAGUUAGUUUACGAAUUUGCCAUAUAGACAUAUGGAUAUAUAUAGAUGUUGGAGCUCAUUUUUUAACGAGACGCUUUA